AGAAAAGAGAAAAGGGAGGAUUCACCAGCAAACACCCAGACAGGCGGAAAUCACGUUCCUUAUUUUUGUCAUCUCACCGGAGAGUCUUUUCCACAUCUUUACCCCCAUCUCGAUCAAUCCCUUUUCGCAUCAUUCGUCCGACCCUCACCUCCGAACGGUCACCACUGUGCGAUAGACCCUUGGUCACGGAAACCCGUCCACGAUGCUAUGAGGAUAUCCCACGAUAUGAUUGAUAAUAUCUAUUAACAUAAACACCGGCUUGUCUGUUGAGGGGAAAACAGAAACAGCGCCACUCGCUUUUGCGUCCUGCGCAGCUCAAUCGACAGUCAUCCCAGGCGCAUCUGGAAUCCCAUCCGAUUUGGGCGUUUUAUUCUUCUCUCUGAAUUGAAAUCAUUGGCCUCACGGCUACAUAAUAUCAAUAGGAAAGCACCAUCGCCAUGGCGUCCCCAGCCUCGGCCAGCCAGCGACCUGUUCCUGCACCGUCGAAUCCCGUCCUCCUCGCAACUCAAGAGCAAUGGCUCUUCACAGACGAGGAGCUAACCCGUUCUCCGUCGCAGCUUGAUGGAAUGAAAAUGGAGGCAGAGCAUAUGAGUCGCAGCAAGGGCGUCAACUUCAUCACACAGGUGGGCAUUAUGCUCAAGCUCCCGCAGCUUAGUAUCGCGACUGCAGCCGUCUUCCUGCACCGAUUCUUCAUGCGGUACAGCAUGGUUGAUCUGCACGGACGGCCUGGGAUGCACCCGUAUCCGAUCGCUGCCACGUCGCUGUUCCUGGCUACCAAGGUGGAGGAGAAUGUGCGGAGAAUGAGAGAGCUCGUGGUUGCAUGCUGUCGAGUGGCGCAGAAGCAGCCCAACAUGGUUGUGGACGAGCAGUCCAAGGAGUUUUGGAAAUGGAGAGAUACCAUUCUGCACCACGAGGAUAUGCUCCUUGAAGCCCUUUGCUUUGACCUACAGCUCGAACAGCCGUACCGCAUUCUCUACGAUUUCAUUUGUUUCUUUGGUGUCAGCGAGAGCAAGCCGUUACGCAACGCUGCGUGGGCUUUUGUUAACGACUCCAUGUUCACCGUCCUCUGCCUACAGUUUACGCCCCGGACGAUCGCCGCCGCCGCUCUCUACGCCGCCGCACGACACUGCGAUGUGGGAUUUCAGGAUGAUGACCAGGGGCGGUCUUGGUGGGAGCAGAUCGAUGUGGAUCUGACUCAGGUGCGCCGCGCAUGCACGAGAAUGGCACAGCUUUACGAGAACAAUGCCAUGCAAAAACAUAGCCAGAUCCCUCGCGCUGGUAGCGUGGACGCCGCCAACGGGCGAAAACGAUCGAGAGAGCCCGACGACCACCCGACUCCACGAGAUCGCUCAGAGUCCGUAAACCCUCGAGAUCAAACACCAGCUGGACUGAACGGGGAACGAUCCCCAAAACGACAGC